AUGACCAUCCUACUUCUUGCCACACAAACUCAACAAUCAACUUCACCCUUCAAUAACCAACUUCACUCUUCAACAAAAAUGGUAGUGUUUCCAGGGCCUGGCAUAUAUCGCAUUUCGCUUAAAGAUCAUCCAUACCUUCACGUGAUCAGGGAACAAAAGCACCUGGGACUACGGUACCUGGCCCUUGGGGAGUACAUCCAACAGGACUGGAUCUUUAGGAGGGUGGGGCCGGCGGGAGAGCAGCGGUACCUUAUUAAGCAGAAAGGGGAGGUUAUGGCAGCAGUAAGCCUUAGCCCACCCGAAGAAACUGAAGACGACGAAGACGAUGAAGACACCGAAGACGCCGAAGCCCCACCUGAGGGAUACGCCAAUGCAUUCAUUAGUUCGAUCUACGACAACAGCUCGCACUGGACGGUAGUUCCGCUUGAAAACUACUUCCUACUUCGAAACGUGGAAUACGACACAUUCUACAUGUUUGCUGGGGAAAACCCCAUUGACGUUCCCCCUGGAAUACAAAAUAAUAUCCGAGGAAAUCCUGUCGGCGCGGGUGGUGUCGCGGGCCUAUCCGCACAGUUCAGAUGGAACAUUUCGCGAUGGGUUCCAGGGCCUGGCCUACAGCGUAUUACGCUUGGAAUUAAUCCAGACUUCGACUUGGUCGAGGCAGGUGCCGAUGUGUUCAUUAGGCCGGCAGGCCCCCAUCAGAACUGGAGGAUUAUACCAGUGGAAGAGGGAGCGCAGAGGUACUUCAUUGAGAGAAAAGAAACAGCUAGAGUGAUAUGCCUUGAUCCAGAUCUAGAUGUAGCCCAAGGUGGAUGGGCCAGUGUCAUCCUUCAGAAUCGGGCGCUCAACAACACCGAAAGACAGCACUGGACGAUAGUUAUAUUGGAAGACCUAUUCCUACUUCGAAACGUGGCUCACCCUACCCUCUACAUGGCUGCUGAACAAUACCCCCUGGAUCACCCUGAGACACUCGAAUUCAAAGUCGGAGUAAGGACCAUCCCGGAUAAUGAUCACCUUCGCUCUCCCUCAGAGUGCAGAUGGGACAUCUCGCCAUGGAUUCCAAGAUAUGGCUCACAUCGCAUUUCGUUUGGAAAUGACCCAAGCUUUGACUGGAUCCACACAAAUGACAACGAGGUCAUUAAGCUGGGCAUAGGGCCCCUCCGGAGAUGGACUAUGAAACCAGCAUCAGACAAUGUACAAAAAACGCAGAAGUACCGCAUUCAGCCCACAGGAAGUGAUACAGUAUUGACCACCCUUGACCCACCCGGAGACGACGUAGCUAUAGUUCGAUUGGUCAACGUCGCCAAUAAUUCUCCGGAUUUGGGGCCCAGCUACGACGAAAGGCCCCAUCACUGGAGGAUAGUUUCAUUUGGAGACAAAUUCCUAAUUCGAAACGCGGCUUACCCUAAGUUCUACCUGGCUAAGGUUGACCCUAGUGGACACCAACCCAUCGUCGGAGGAAGGCCUAUCCCGAAUGACCGUCGCAAUGACCCACCCGCAGAGUUCAAAUGGGACAUUGAAAUCCUCCCCCCCUAG